AUCGGGCAGGUCAUGAUGCGCCAAUUAUAUUUUAGUGCAUUAGUGUAUGAUUUGGGACACAGCCAGCCAGCCAGCUCCAGUAGAAGCUCUGAGAGAGGUGUAGCUGCUUCACGUUCCGAAUCCCGGGACUGCCAACCACGCCCCGCCCAUUCAGCAGCCGCCUCAUAUCACCGAGGCCCUGAGACGGGAGGAGGCAGACACCGGGAGGAUAUCCGCCGCGAGCACGGGCGCGUCUAUACACACACUCGCGCGUGCGCUCGGUCCAUGCACCACGCGCUCUUCUCCUCUCUUUCCUCUCCUCUCCUUUCCUCUCCAGGACAAGCGUCGUCUGUCUCUCUUGUGCGGGCCGUUAUGGCAGCCGCGCUCUUAACGGGAUACGAGGACUUUCUACCGCUGAUGAAAGGCUUCCAGGAGGAGUCUGCGCUCUUCACCGACACCGACAGGGCAUUGGCUCACGAAUACGCGCAGGCGAAGCUUGAGAUGGAUAAAUACCUGACACCUCAGCUGCAGGAUUCCCCGGCAGUCAAGAAGCAGUGCCAGGAUGGCUCCUCUGUGGAGUUUUUCUGCGAUGACCAGGGCUCCCCUUACAGCAUCAACAUGAACGUGUACCUGCCUGACAUCGCCUACCUGCGUGGCGGUCUGUGCCGCCCACAGCGGCCCUCCGUCCCCUGCCAGGUGAAAAGCAAACCGGUGAGCUCGUCCUUCUCUUCAGUCCCGGACUGUUCCGUCCCUUCGACUCUUCCCGAUUUCACGACCAUCUUCAGCUCGCCCUCGGCACCGUGCGCCAACAUGGAUGCAGGUAACGCCUCGAACGGCGUGUUCAUCAAGCAGGAGAUGCCCUCUUUUGAGCUUUCCCAGGACGGCCAUCUGUUCCAGCUGCUCAGCUCGGACCUCGACGGUCCCAUUCAGGCCGUUUCGGACUCUCACAGCCAUGCCAUGUCGUCAGAAGUGCCCUCCUUCAAUGACCUGCACUUAGCAGCCACACAGACUGCCAACAAGCCGUACUGCGCCAUGCCCACCACGCCCGCGUACCCGCUCGCCCCGUCGGGUCACUUCGCCCAGGGCCACACGCAGGUCAAAGCGCCCUACCUUCCUCCAUCGCCACCCACCUCCGAACCGGGCAGCCCAGACCGGCAGAAAGAGCUGCUGCACAACCUGACGCCACCGCCAUCUUACGCCGCCACCAUUGCGUCCAAAAUGGCUGGGCACAUGCCGGCUCAUCAAGCACACGCGUCCGCACAAGCACCCGCGACCACCAGCACCGGGGUCAUGCCUGUCCGGUAUAACCGCAGGACAAAUCCCGACCUCGAGAAGAGGCGGAUACACCACUGUGACUUCCCAGGUUGCAAGAAGGUUUACACCAAGUCCUCGCAUCUGAAAGCUCAUCUCAGGACACAUACUGGCGAGAAGCCAUACAGGUGCACAUGGGAAGGGUGUGACUGGAGAUUCGCUCGUUCCGACGAGCUCACACGCCACUUCCGCAAACACACGGGUGCUAAGCCGUUCCAGUGUGCCGUGUGCAGCCGCAGCUUCUCCCGCUCCGACCACCUCGCCCUGCACAUGAAGAGGCACCAGAACUAAUCCCUGAACACUUCUCGCACUUCUUCUUCUUCUUCUUCUUUUACACCUCCACGCAUUUAUAUAGGGAGUUACUGUAUUCUCACUUACACUACACUGACAAUCACAUGUUCGUUCUUUACACACACACACACACACACACACACACUGUUAAUUGUGCAUUUGAAGAGACGCUAGAACAAGACACACGUGUACCAGGACGAGCCUUCUGUACGAGGGUGAACGUUUUCCUCUCACUUGUCUGAACAAGCUCUGAGCUCCUGACUUAUUGCUACAACAUGGCCACAAUUACAUGCUUUUUUUUUUUUUAAAAUCCUCCGCUCACACACACACUAUUAGAUCCAAUCCUAUUGCUUUGACACACUACUUAACCAUGCAUCAGAUCGGAAAGACUCCAACACUUCACCUAACACAAUUUACCUUUAAAUUGGUACAAUUUGGUGACACGGUUGACAGCUGUACGUUUUUAAAACGCAAAACAAACAGCUGCGUUCAUUACAUUACAUGCAUUUAGCACACGCUCUUAUCCAGAGCGACGUACAACACACCCAGAGCAGCCUGGGGAGCAGUUCGUUGCUCAAAGGCACUUCAGCCAUUCUUACUGGUCCAGGGAAUUGAACCAGCAGCCUUUUGGUCUCAAAGCGGCUUCUCGAAACAUUAGGCCACAGCUUCCCCAGUACUGAAUGCCGUUCUCGGUUAAUCCUACACAGCUUUUGAACGCUGUAUUUUUAUGGUGUAGGAUUUACAAUUAAACUUUAACCAGAUGUAGCUUAUUUUAAAGAAAACGAACGAGUCAGUGGAGAAACGUGUGUUGGUGGGCCGCUGAGUCUGCCAUGUUCUCUCUCUCCCUCUCUCUCUCUCUGAACCUUUUAUCGAAAGCAAGAAGUCGUCAACGUUUUGCACCCAGAGACCAUUUUAACUGUAAAAGAACAUCACAGAGAUAUUUCAGAUAUUAUUGGAGCUGAUGACGUGUUUUUUUUUUUUUUUUAAGUUCUAUACUCAUCUCAUCUCAUUAUCUCUAGCCGCUUUAUCCUUCUACAGGGUCGCAGGCAAGCUGGAGCCUAUCCCAGCUGACUACGGGCGAAAGGCGGGGUACACCCUGGACAAGUCGCCAGGUCAUCACAGGGCUGACACAUAGACACAGUUCUAUAAGUUCUAUACACUUUAUUAAAAUUAUCAUUGCAUUAUUUAUAGGGAUAACAACUUUUUAAAAUGUUUUAUUAUUAUUAUUUAAAAAAAUAAUAUUUUGUUGUGAUUUCCACAAAAUCAGACAUCUGAUGAUCCUUUUGACGGAACCCUGGACCAAACUUUGAGCUCUAAGCGACUGAACUGACCCUCCACGUCCGCCUGAGCUUAAUGAAGCACUUAUUCAGCACCUCGAUCAGCCACGUGAUUAAUUCUUAAAUCCGGAUUUAAGAAUUAUCUAUAACACUCGAGUAUUUAACAGUUAUUCCACGAAAUCGAGAGGCCUCGUCGGCUGUCAGCUCAUGCACGACGAGACCGAGUGGAAUAACUCUCUUAUUCUAUCCAUGUUCACUGGAUUUUUGAGAAAUGGAGCAUUUUUAUUAUUAUUAUUAUUAUUAUUUUUUUUUUUUUGUAAGUUCGAUUCAUAAAAACUUUUAUACAAAACGUCCGACAAAAUCAUUUCCGCUUAGAAACAACCCGGCGAAAUGACAGGAGCAAUUUGUGAAAAAUGCUACAAUGAUAAUAAUUCUUGAAAAACAAACAAAACCAUGUUACCAUGAAAUACUUUUAUUCCAUAUUUUGUUCCUUUUGUAUUUUUUGGGGGUUUUGUUUUCGAGUAGAGUUUUUAUUUCAUCCUCGGUUGGCUCAGCAACACGCUACGCCACUUUGUUUUUCUCUACUCAUGGUAUAUGGGCUGAUAUCCUAGUAGUAGUGUAAGGCAAGGCAAGGCAAGUUUAUUUGUAUAGCGCAUUUCAUACACACAGGCAAUUCAAUGUGCUUCACAAAAAAUAAAAGCAUAAGAACAGUAACAAAGAAUUAAAGUAAAAGUAAAAUCAUUAAAAUCCAAGAUUAAAAAGAAAUUAAAAUAAAGUAAAAUCAUUAAAAUCAAAAAAAAAAAAAAAUUAUAUUAACCUCCUAGGGCCUAGCGGUCACAUACGUGGACAGCACUUUUUAGAAAUUCAGAACAAGAAUCCACAUAUGUGGACAUACUUUUUCUCAAAAAGUACAUCUUAUCAAAGAUGAUGCUUAGUUUUUAUUCUAAUCAGGUUCUAAUAAGCCCAAAUAGCAAAAAGAAAUAAAAAAUGCAUGUAAAAAAACAGCUUGGGUCUUAGGAGGUUAAAGGAAAUUAAUUACACUUUAGGUAAAAAUGAAUCAAGUGAAAGCAUCUGAAAACAGCUUUGUCUUGAGCCUGGAUUUAAAACUAACAACAGUAGGAGCGUUUUUGAUAUCAUCUGGAAGUCGGUUCCAAAGCUUAGCAGCAUAGCAACUAAAGGCUGCUUCACCACACUUCGUAUUGACAGCUGGUAUUACUAGCAAGUUUUUCUCCUGUGAUCUUAGAGACCUAGUUGGUGCAUAUAAUUGAAACAUAUCCAGUAGGUAGCUGGGUCCCAUCCCAUUUAAUGUUUUAAAUAGAAGAAGUAAUGCUUUAAAGUCAAUUCUAUAGCUCACUGGGAGCCAGUGCAGAGACCUUAGGCCAAUUGUGUAGCCAAUUGGAGCACGCGAUUGCUCAUAUCCAGUGAAUGUGUAUAGAAUAAUUUUCCUUAUCUCAGUGCACAUCUGGAUGCUCACAAUCAUUCCAGAUGCUGAAGAGCUUUUCCCUGGCAGUGAAUAUAUUCAUAGAAAAAUAUCCCUGAUUCAUCUUUUCUUUAAAAAGUGCUCUGACAUUUUGUUGCAUCACAACACACAGAGUUCGACCUUGUCAUUCAUCCGACGCUCACAAAACAGGUCCUGGAAAAUACGGAAUAUUUUUUUUUCUGCUUUACCCAGAAUACUGCAAAUCGUGAGGGUUUUUAUUUUUUUAAACCUCUAAAACUGGAAUUAAACAUCUUGGAAAUCUGUAAAAGUGCACUUUUUUUUUUUUUUUGCGCUUGAAUCUGACUGGAAAUAGGUUCGAUUCUCACUGGAUCAUGUCCUGUUUAAACUGGACUCUUCAAGUAUAAAUCCAAGCACUCCGUUUAGUCCGAGACACACUCUCCGACUGCGAGCUGACGUAUUUAUAGCUUCUGAAAGAAGGGGAUAAUAACGUACUGCUACUGAGCUGCAAUUACGGCCUGAAUUAUUGAACGGCCGCGUAUAAAUGGAACGAGAGGGAUAUUAAAGCGAUGCAGACAGCUGGAUGAUUUGUACAGACCUACACACACACACACACACACACACGAGCAUGCCGGCCAUUUUGUUCUUCCUGUCACUGGUGCGUUAGCUUGAAUGUAUAAGACCGCACAAACUGUUCUGUCCAAGUAACACCACAGGAACACAUUUCAUCUUCAAGUGCCUUCUGGGGUUUUCUUUCUGUUCACAGGUUUUUAGAAGAAAAAAAACAACAACAAAGCUAUAAUGUUUACUCUUGGCAGCGAUUUGGUUCCCAAUGACAGCAGCCUUUCUUGAAAAUUUCUGGAAAAAGAGGGCUAUCUGGUUCUUCCUGUAAAAAAAUAAAAUAUAACUUAUUUAUUUCAUAGGCUUCAUGAAGUGAAAUUUGACAACUGGGACUUUUUUUUUCCGUGUAACUAAACUACCUUAUUGUAAAUAUUCUGCAUUUUAUUGUAAAUAUUAUUUGAUUGAUUUUAUUUUGUUGCUCUUUUUUGUACUGAAAUUGAGGGGCACCAAUAUGUUACUCUGCAUCUUUGCGGUGUGUCAAAAAAAACAUUUUUUUUGAAUUUUUUUUUUUGAUUUUGUACUUUAUUUUAUAGAUUCUCAGAUGAUAUUUCUAAAUUCGUUGCCUUCCAAAUGACAAAAGUUGUUUUUUGCCAACUGAAUGAACCAAAACCUAAUAAAAAAAAAAACAGUGACAUUUUCACUUGUUUGCUUUUUCAUGUUUUUUUUUUUUUUUAAUUUUAUUUAAAAAUUGUUUAUCUCUAAAGAUUGUUGUCUUUGUACACUGGAACUUAUCUACCUCCUGUAUACGGGGACAAAAAGGACACGAUCUGUUAUCCUUAACUACUGGAUGUCGUGUAAAGGCGGUGUUUCAGUUUUAAUCGUUUACUUCAGCUCAAAUCCCACCUACUGUGCAUACAACGCACGUGUGUGUGUGUGUGUAUAUAUAUAUAUAUAUAUAUAUAUAUAUAUAUAUAAAGUGUGUGUGUGUGUAUACAGUGGUAUGCAAAAGUUUGGGCACCCCUGGUCAAAAUUGCUGUUACUGUGAACAAUUAGGCAAGUUGAAGAUGAAAUGAUCUUCAAAAGGCAUAAAGUUAAAGAUGACUCAUUCCUUUUAUAUUUUAAGCAAAAACAAUUUUUUUUAUUUUCAUCUUUUACAUUUUCAAUAUUACAAAAAAGGAAAAGGGCCCAAAGCAAAAGUUUGGGCACCCUGCAUGGUUAGUACCUAGUAACACCCACUUUGGCAAGUAUCACAGCUUGUAAACACUUUUUGUAGCCAGCUAAUAAUCUUUCAGUUCUUACCUGGGGGAUUUUCACACAUUCGUCCUUGCAAAAGGCUUCCAGUUCUACAAGUUUCCUGGGCUGUCUUGCAUGCACUGCUCUUUUGAGAUCUAUCCACAGAUUUUCAAUGAUGUUUAGGUCAGGGGACUGUGAGGGCCCAGGCAAAACCUUCAGCUUGGGCCUCUUGAGGUAUUCCAUUGUAGAUUUUGAGGUGUGUUUUGGAUCACCGUCUUAUUGUAGGACCCAUCCUCUUUUUAACUUCAACUUUUUUACAGAUGGUGUGAUGUUUGCUUCCAGAAUUUGCUGGUAUUUAUUCGAAUCCAUGCUUCCCUCGACCAAAGAAAUGUGCCCUGUGCCACUGGCUGCAACACAACCCCAAAGCAUGAUGGAUCCACACCCAUGCUUCAGAGUUGGAGAGGUGUUCUUUUCCUGGAAUUUGGCACCCUUUUUUCUCCAAACAUACCUUUGCACAUUGUGGCCAAAAAGUUCUAUUUUGAUUUCAUCAGUCCACAGGACUUGUUUCCAAAAUGCAUCAGGCUUAUUUAGAUGUUCAUUUGCGAACUUCAGACGCUGAAUUUUGUGGCUCGGACGCAGGAACGGUUUUCUUCUGAUGACUCUCCCAUGAAGGUCAUAUUUGUUCAGGUGUCGCUGCAUAGUAGAACAGUGCACCACCACUCCAGGGUCUGCUAAAUCUUUCUGAAAGUCUUUUGCAGUCAAACAGGGGUUUUUAUUUGCCUUUCUAGCAAUCCAACGAGCAGUUCUUUCAGAAAGUUUUCUUCAUCUUCCAGACCUCACCUUGAUCUCCACUGUUUCUGUUAACUGCCAUUUCUUAAUAACAUUACGAUCUGAGGAAACAGCUACCUGAAAACACUUUGCUAUGUUCUUGUAGCCUUCUCCUGCUUUGUGAGCACCAAUUAUUUUAUUAUUCAGAAUGCGAGGGAGUUGCUUAGAGGAGCCCAUGGCUGUUGAUUUUAGGGACAAGUUUGAGGAGUCAGAGAAUUUAUACAGCUUUGAAAUCUGCAUCAUCUGACCUUUCCUAACGAAGAAUUUGAACAAGCCACAGCUCAAUAAGUUAAUUAAGGUCUGGAACCUUGGUCAAAGUUACCCGAGAACUCAAAUGUAUUGGGGUGCCCAAACUUUCGCAUGGCGUUCCUUUUCUUUUUUCACUCUCCAAUUGUACAAAACAAAACUAAUACACAAAUCCUGCAGAAAACACUGAAAAGAAAUGUCUCGUCUUUACCUUUAUGCCUUUUGGUGAUCAGUUCAUCUUCUGCUCACUUAACUAUUCACAGUAACAGACAUUUUCAGAAAGGGUGCCCAAACUUUUGCAUGCCACUGUGUGUGUGUGUGUGUGUGUGUGUGUGUGUGUGUAUAUAUAUAUUGACCUAAUUAUAAAUCUAAUAUAAUAUUAUUCAGCCUGUUUUGAGAGACUUUUACCCAAGCUUCACAUUUUCUUAUCUUUUGGUAAAUAUUUCUUCUUUAAAUAAAUAUGUAUUUCUUUCUUUUUUUUUAAAUCUACCAAUAAAAGAGCAAAACUAUUUCCAAAUAAAUUAAAAUCCUAGAAACAGGAUUAAUAAUCUCAUAUUUAGUUUAUUGUAAUGCAGUAAAAGGAAACACUCGUUAAAUUUGACUAUAGUCAAGAUAUUUUCAAGAUAAGAUUUUGUUGUUUGGAGACUAUAUGGAUAGCAAAGACAAUUUUUUUAAAAUAUAUAAGGAAAUAAAUUUUGGAGAAGCCAUGGCCUCAUGCUUCAAGAAGCAGCUUUGGGACCAAAAGGUUGCUGGUUUAAUCCCCUGGACCAGUAGGAAUAGCUGAAGCGCCACUGGGCAAGGCUGCUUUGGGUGUGUUGUACGUCGCUCUGGAUAAGAGCGUCUGCUAAAUGCCAUUCAUGUAAUGUAAUAUGUUUCACAUUUUAUGGUGCGUAUGAGGAUCUUCAGCUUAUUCUAAUAUAUAAUAUAGAUUAGUAUGAGAUGCAUUUUAGAUUUUAAUGUAAUUAUAUAAAUAUACUUACUUUUUUAAAAGAAAUAUUAUUUAUGUUUACAUAUGAGGACAGUUGACUGAACCAGGAUGUCCACUAGCUUUCCUGGCAAAACUGUCCAGUAUAAAUCAUAUAUCAUACUUUUAUACCUUUAAUUGUUCCUAUAUUUGAAGACAAGCAGAAGCGUUACCCUUUCUGUGGGAUCGUGCAUUCAUCUGUUCAUAUUCAGGCUUACUGAGUAAACCCUUAACUUCAUUUACAAAGAAAAACAUCAUGAAAUAAGUGAUCUGAUGUAUUCUGGAUGACAUGUACCGUAUUGUAUUUUACCCCAGUAAGCCAUCUAUACCUAUAUCUAGACUCACCACUUUAUUAGAAACACCCAUACAUCCACCUGCUGUUCUGUUUUAUGCUGUUCUCUAAUCAGCCGAUCCCUUGACAGCAGCGUGAUGCGUUAAAUCAUGUAGAUACAAAUCGAGAGCUUCAGUUAAUGUUCACAAUGUUCAAACAUCAGAAUGGGAAAAAUUGUCAUCUCAAUUUUCGUGUGACUUUCUUUCGCUGUGGUAUGGGUGUUGGUUUGAGCCAGAUGGACUGCUGGUUUGAGUAUUUCAGAAACUACUGAUCUCCUGGGGUUUUCACACACAACAGUCUCUAGAGUUUAUACAGACAGAAUGGUGCGAAAAACAAAAAACAUCGAGUGAGUGAGCGAGCGAGCAACAGUUCUGUGGGUGGAAACAAAUGCCUUGUUGAUAAGAGAGGUCAGAGGAAAAUGGCCAGAUUCAUGGUUCGAGCUUUUUUGCCAGGAAGGAUAUUGCAACUCAUAGCAACUCUUUACAACCGUGGUGAGCAGAAAAGCAUCUCAGCAUGCAACAGCAGAAGAGCACACUGGGCUCCGCGAACAGCCAAGAACAGGAACCUUAGAAUCAAGAACAAGUUCCUAUUAAAGUGGCCGGUGAGUGGAGAUUCAAUAAUGUAUUUAAAAUAAUUUAAUGGAAAUUUACAUUUGUGAUAUACUGUAUGAUAGUUUGUUUAUAUAUAAGGGCCAUUCUAGAAUUCGGGGUACAUUUCAUGUCUCUGAGACAAACCUUUUGUUAUUUUCCACAAAAGAAACCUUUAUUGAAUCAGUUUUGAACAAUAACGCAAAUUAUGACAAACUUUCCCCAAUAGCGAUGCUUGAUCUACAUUUUAGACCCAAUUUAUCCAUAAAACAUUAACUAAACGACUCCCACCCUUCCCCCCACAUUAUCAGCUGUCUUCGACUCCUGAUUCAUCCAUUCAACUCCAAUAAACAGGAAGUGAUUCAGUCUAACAGUCUGUUUAUUGGGGCUUAUUCUAUUCACUGUUAUAAAAUCAAUUGUGGGCGGCACGGUAGUGUAGUGGUUAGCGCUGUCGCCUCACAGCAAGAAGGUCCGGGUUCGAGCCCCGUGGCCGGUGAGGGCCUUUCUGUGUGGAGUUUGCAUGUUGUCCGCGUGGGUUUCCUCCGGGUGCUCCGGUUUCCCCCACAGUCCAAAGACAUGCAGGUUAGGUUAACUGGUGACUCUAAAUUGACUGUAGGUGUGAAUGGUUGUUUGUGUCUAUGUGUCAGCCCUGUGAUGACCUGGCGACUUGUCCAGGGUGUACCCCACCUUUCGCCCGUAGUCAGCUGAGAUAGGCUCCAGCUUGCCUGCGACCCUGUAGAACAGGAUAAAGCGGCUAGAGAUAAUGAGAUGAGAUUUUUAAUCCGUCCCAAUGUUCUUGUCAACUCUGUUAAGUCUAUAGAACCGCAUAAAAUCCACAAAGACUUUUAAUAAUAAUACACAUCGCACCUGCACCAAGUGAUGUCACUUCCUCAGGUGGGAAACUUCAGAAAGGCAGUGAGGAAUGUUAUGUUUCUGCUCUCAUUAAUUUGAACAAAAUGUUGAAGAUUUUACACCAACAGGAGGUUAAUUAUUCGUCAACUCUGUUGUUGUGAUAUUGGAGUGAAUCUCGCGGCCAUUUUUUAAAAUCAAUAAUAUAAUUAAAGUCCAUAAAAUUCUGUUUUUGUGCCAGUUGGUAGCGAGUUUGAGGUUAGCGUGUGGAGUUAAGAGACACAAAAUGGUGGGAAAUGUCAACUCUGUUUUCAUCAGUCCUGUUAACAGAUUGCCCGGUUUAACGAUAACAGAGGUGACGAAGACUAACAGAGUCAACACUUGAAAUAUACCUGCAAUUAUAGAAUGGGCCAUAUAUAUAUAUAUAUAUAUAUAUAUAUAUAUAUAUGAUGCAACAUAUUAAAAUGACUUAUCUUUAUAAAUGAAACCAUACUUUAGUCAAUGUUAGUCAAAUUACAUUGAUCUCUUUUUUUUGACAUAUUCCUUUCUUCAGAAGCACCACUUAGCAAAGCAAAAGAUUUACCAUCAUCUAUUUCUGUACGUUCACACUGAGAAGGAUUAAAAUUAUAUUUUUAAUGUUGGAAUUCACCGUCAAAGCUUUAGGUUCUAAAUGUUUUUGUUUCAUAACUCCUCUCGUGUGUGUGUGUUUACGACCUGCCAAAUAGUGCUGCUCAUGAUAUGGUACUUUUAAUUAAUCAGCGCUGACGUUUAUAUCACUUGCCUGUUGCUUUGGCCUGAGGAAAGAAAAACAUGUUGCUGCUGUAUAUAAAAAUGCAAUAAAAAAAUCUUCAAAUAAAA